AAAGGCCCCAGCAACAAAUCCACUUCACUUUGACCCUUCAAUAAAGGGACUAAUAGUACAAAAUGGCAUCAGUGACGGCAAACCUCAGCUUGCCCUGGGGUGUCGGUGUGCUAAUCAAUGUUUCUAAUCACACAUCAGCUGGAUCUCCAGGAGUGACUCGUUCUCCAGAGCCUCCCUGCACCAUGUGCUGCUGUGGAUUACUGAACCGUACACUGACUGUAGCGUUUAUGGUCGGCCUGGCCUUCGCCAUUGUCGUCGGCAACAUGGUGACGCUCACAGUGUUCAUGCAGACGCGCCAGUCCCGCACACCACAGGGCUACCUCAAAGUAUCUCUGGCCAUAGCUGACAUGAUGGUCGGCAUGGUGGUGGUGCCAUUCUCCAUUUACACUGAGAUAUCCAUCAUGGUGACCAGCACCCCUCCUAUGUGGUACCAGAGUGGAUCUAUGGUCUCAGCACGAGAUGUUUCCAGCUCCUGGCAGCCCUGCAUGAUGAUCGGCCCAAUGUUCGCUGGCUGCACUUUCGUCUCUAUCAGCACUAUCUUCUUGAUGACUGUGGAGCGCAGUGUGGCCAUCUUAUGGCCAUUACAGAAAGAUACACUCGUGACCCGGCGGCGGACUUUGCUCCUGAUCCUCGCCUCAUGGACUGGCAGCUUCCUGCUUGCGGUGUCGCCCCUAAUCUUGAGCAGCAGCUUUACUAUGGAGUACAAUGAGUGCAGUCGGAUGUGUAUCUAUGUCCCGCUCGUGGUGGGUCUUCAGUUGCCGGCUGACACCAACAUAUUGCUGCUAUUUCCAGCCUUUGACUUCACACUCCUGGGCAGCACUUUGAUUGUUAACAUUCUGUCGUUCACUAGAAUCUGCCGCUACACACGCAAGCGCAAGCUCCUCUCAGAGGGGCUUGAGGGAGGCGCAAGCACCUGCUCCUACAAACCCUCCUUUUCAGACAUCAAGGCAGCCAAAACUAUUGGCAUCCUCACCUUUGCUUUUUCCGCUUCAUUCUCACCCAUUGCCAUCUUUGUGCUGGGCGACGUGGUUGGCUACACCUGGUGCAACUUCUCCUUCUUCGCCUUCUGGAUCCUGGCAGGGAACAGCUGCUGUAAUGUGAUUAUCUACAGUGUCAGGGAUCAUCGCUUUAGGAAAGGGGUGUCGCUUCUUUUUCAUAGGGACCGUUCGCCACCACACUCUGAGAAGAGCUAACAUUUCCAAGUAUAGACUCAAUCCCAGGUCUACCUACAUCACCUACACUUUUUGAUUCCUGAUCAUGUGCCCAUGAGGAUGGUGGGGUCCUUUCAGGAAUUUUUUCACCUGGCUUUUGAAAAGCCAAAAAACAAAUCAACUCCAGGGAUUGUGGCUGGAUUUGCUUUUUGUAUAUAAAGAAUUGUUGUUAUUGCUGGUUAAAUUUUUAUUAUAGAUUUGUCAUGACAUCAUUGUUGAGUGGAAUAUUUAUUCCAUUUUACAAAGACAUGCCUGGGGAAACCUUUCACACGGUCAAAUUUUUACUUCUUUUUUUUUUUAACUAGAAUAUAUAGUUACUGAACUGAAAUAUGUUGCAAUUUCGGAAGUGUAUCCAUCAGUAGUAACGAUCUAACAUUUUAAAGUCUGGUUACACAACAUGAUCUUUUCAGUCAGACGCCAAGGCAAUAAAACUUUUCCAUGUAGUCGUGGUUAAAUAUAUUUACGUUUUCUUUUCUAAUUUAAUACAGCAACUUUCUUCAAUGGAAGGGAUAAGACUCAUGGAAAAUCUCACCUUUUGUACAAAGGACUUAACAAAUCACUAAUUUGCUUAGAUUUAAAUAGAGACCUAUACAUAGUGCAGAAUCUUGAAUAUUGAAUAAACAACAUGUUGCACAUCUCCUUUUUUGUUGUUUUAGAAUUUUCU